AUGGCUUCGAUGUCUAGCGCGGCUGAGCCCUCUCACCCGGUGGUCUUUACGACACAGACACCCUACCCUCUCCCAUCGCAAAAAUUCAUGAUUCCCACAUCAUGGAAGCGCUACCAGCUUUCACAGCUCGUGAACAAAGCUCUGUCUCUUCUGAAGCCUGUGCCUUUUGAUUUUCUUGUGCGAGGUGAGAUUCUUCGUGCAACUCUGGGGGAAUGGUGUGCAGAGAAGGGCAUUGGUGAGGAAGAGACGCUUGAAAUUGAAUAUUUUGAGUCGGUGAUGCCUCCUCAAAAGAUGUCGACGCUACCGCAUGAAGAUUGGGUGUCGUCCGUAUCGUGCCAGAUUUCCAGCUACUUCCUAACCGCAUCUUACGACGGUUCAAUCCGCACCUUCGAUUAUUCCCAACAGCUGCUGCACACUAGCACGCCCCAUAGUGCACCCAUUACCUGUAUCUGCAUCGUCCCCUCUUCCUCCCCCGAUGGCCACAUCAUUGCCAGCGCCUCGCACGACCUCACAGCGCGUCUUACCAAACUUACCCUCUCCACCUCCGAUUCCCCCGACUUCACACCACGCACGGAGCCCCUCGCCUCACUGCACCUGCACACAGCGCCCGUCUCCUCCAUCGCCGCGAGUCCCUCAGGCGCGCAUCUCCUCACCUCCUCCUGGGACAGCUUCAUCGGGCUGUGGGAUGCCGCCAUCCCUGAUAGCGACGAGGUGCCCCUCGAGGACGUCCAGCCCCACACAGACCGCAAAAAGCGCCGCAAGUUCACGCACGACGACGAGCCGCGGCCCAAGCGUAAGGCACCGGUCGGCGUGCUGAAGAGUCACACAGCACGCGUCUCGCGCGUCGUGUUUACUCGCGGGGGGGACGCCGCGGCAUAUAGCUGUGGCUUCGACUCGACCGUUCGUUCAUGGGACGUCGAGAACAGCGUGUGCACCAACACUAUCACCGCCGCGUCGAAACCAUUCCUCGACCUUGCCGUGACGCAGUCCGGAAAUACCGUUCUCGCUGCUUCAACUGACCGGACGAUCUCGCAGUAUGACCUGCGCGCAGCGACCUCCUCCACUGCUACACCCUCCCUCGCGACGCUCGCGCACCCGGCUACACCAUCCUGUAUCGCCGUACCCCCUCCCGCGGCCCAAUCCUCACCGCCAUCCGAGCCUGUAUCCAGCUCAGAGCACCAGCUACUCUCAGGCGCGUACGACGGCGUCGUCCGCCUAUGGGAUCUGCGCAGCGUCCGGGGCGCAGUGACAAGCUUCAAAGUGUGGGAGGGCAAUCAGGGUGGGAAGGUGCUCACUCUGGACUGGGCGCGCGGAAUUGUGGGCGUCGGUGGAGAGGGCGGGGUCGAGGUUUGGCGUGUGGGACAGGGCGAGCAUGCUUUCCUCAGCUAG